GGGAGGAAGCGAGCGGGAGGGGGAUGUGGUGCUGCCGGGGCCGCCACUGCAGCUGCUGCUGCAUGCUGGUUGCCGCGUCUUCCCGGAGGCGACUGCUGGAAGCUGCAGGAACAGCUGCGGUGCUGUGCCAUACUGUGUCUUCCCGGGCCGGUCCCUCGCCUCCCGGCCGGUCGGCCGAGCUGACGAACUAUAAGAGUAAAUGGGUCCAGUAAUUCGAAUGACUCCAGAUAAGAGAGCUGAAACCCCAGGAGCUGAAAAGAUUGCAGGAUUAAGCCAGAUUUACAAAAUGGGAAGCUUGCCUGAAGCUGUUGAUGCUGCCAGGCCAAAGGCCACUCUAGUGGACAGUGAGUCAGCAGAUGAUGAACUCACAAACUUGAACUGGCUUCAUGAAAGUACUAAUCUUCUAACAAACUUCAGCCUUGGAAGUGAGGGUCUUCCAAUUGUUAGUCCAUUGUAUGACAUAGAGGGAGAUGAUGUGCCAUCCUUUGGACCAGCUUGCUACCAGAACCCAGAAAAAAAAUCAGCAACUUCAAAGCCCCCAUACUCCUUUAGUCUUCUCAUUUAUAUGGCUAUUGAGCACUCUCCAAAUAAAUGUUUGCCUGUCAAAGAAAUUUAUAGCUGGAUUCUGGACCAUUUUCCGUAUUUUGCUACUGCACCAACAGGCUGGAAGAAUUCUGUUCGACAUAAUCUGUCCCUGAAUAAAUGUUUUCAGAAAGUGGAAAGAAGCCAUGGCAAGGUUAAUGGAAAAGGUUCCUUAUGGUGUGUUGAUCCGGAAUAUAAACCCAAUCUUAUCCAGGCACUGAAGAAGCAACCUUUUUCUUCAGCAUCUUCACAAAAUGGUUCUUUAUCACCUCACUAUUUAAGCUCUGUAAUCAAGCAGAACCAGGUGCGAAACCUCAAAGAAUCUGAUAUCGAUGCUGCUGCUGCAAUGAUGCUUUUAAAUACUUCUAUAGAACAAGGAAUUUUAGAAUGUGAGAAGCCUCUUCCUCUUAAAACAGCGUUCCAAAAAAAGAGGAGUUACGGCAAUGCAUUUCAUCAUCCCAGUGCUGUGCGAUUACAAGAGAGUGAUUCUUUAGCCACCAGCAUUGAUCCAAAAGAAGAUCACAAUUACAGUGCAAGUAGCAUGGCAGCACAGCGUUGUGCAUCCAGGUCUAGCGUGUCUUCCCUGUCUUCUGUGGAUGAGGUAUAUGAAUUUAUUCCAAAGAAUAGCCAUGUGGGAAGUGAUGGCAGUGAAGGAUUUCACAGUGAAGAAGAUACAGACGUUGAUUAUGAAGAUGAUCCUCUUGGAGACAGUGGCUAUGCAUCACAGCCUUGUGCAAAAGUCUCUGAAAAAGGGCAGUCAGGCAAAAAGAUGCGAAAACAGACAUGUCGAGAAAUUGAUGAGGAGCUCAAAGAGGCAGCUGGAUCUCUGCUCCACCUUGCUGGAAUUCGUACAUGUUUAGGUUCCCUAAUAAGUACUGCAAAGACACAAAAUCAAAAGCAACGGAAAAAAUAGAAAUACUUAAAGUGUGGCAAUACUCUUUCACUUAAUUCUUUACAAGGGAUAUCAAAGCCAUAAUGGACUUCAUUAGUUUUAGGGUAGGGAAAGGAUACUAAUUACUUAUUUCUUUAAAAACAUUUUUGGUUUUUAAAAUUGUUAUCAAACAAUUGCUGUUAGGAUCAUGCCUGAUCAGAAAUACAUGAUGUGAAGUCCUAAAAGCAUAAUUUUUGUGAUAAAUGUGUCCCAAGAUUUGAAAAUUUUUAUAUAAGAAAAUCCCCAGCCUCUGUCUUAAACUUGUGGGACAAAAAUCCUUUCUUCUGUUAAUAUGUCAGAAUGUAAGAUUUGGCAACUCUAUAAAUUUUUUUCAUUUUCUUUUCCAAUCUGUAACUAUAGUUACUGAACCAGCUAAAAAUUUUGCUGAUGUAUUUUUCAUAUAAUUCUCUCCUGACACACAAUCCGGUAACAUAAGAUUGAAAUUUUUUUACUUUCUCUUAAUUUGUUUUUAAUUUUUUUUUUGUUGUCGUGUGAGCAAAGACAAACAUAAAUUGAAAAAUAUCCUGAUGUUUAGAAAGUUUCUUUUGGUUACAUAGGUAGAGAAUACAACAAAGAGUUCUAAGAUUUAGAAAAGACAAUUUUGUGGUGUCAUUUCAUUAAAGAACACUCCCAAUUCCUAUUAGAAUGGUAGCUUUGAAGUGUCUUUACUUCACAGAUACUGCAUAGCAUUUAUUGGGGCCUUUUAUUCUUUCCCAAAGUGCUUUGCAAACAUUAAGUUUUAGCCACUAGCUGCCUUUGUUGAGUAUAAGUUAUCCAGUGAGAGGAUAUAGCCAAUUAAGUGUGUUAUGGAGUACACCCAUUUUGACACACUUGUAAUAAGAGAUCUUUCAUUUGCCUGCCACAUGUACUGUAUUCUGAGAAUCUUAUAAUAGGAAUGGAGUGAAAUGAAACAUUUUGAGUACUGACUGCAUGUUAUCAUAUCAAUAAAGUAGGUCAUUUAGGAAAAAACUUCUGUCCAAGCUUUGUAUGAAUUAAAUUUAUAAGUAUACCAAAUUAAAUCAAUAGACUUAAUGCAAUUUUACAGACAAAAUACCUUCAUGAAUUUCAAAAUUCAUAUAAAAUUUGAUCUUAUGCAAUACACCCUUUAGAGGAGGCCGUGUAAUAACCUAUAGUGCCAUUGAUCCACGAGAAAAAAGAUUUUCUGGUACUACUCCAAAAGUGCUUUGACUAAGUGUCUUAACUAUUUGAACAGUCUGCUUAUAUGAGACAGUUUUUCAUAGUAUCAUUUGUAUAAUUUGAUUAGAUUAUUCAGAAACAACAGGAUGCUGAACUAAACUUACUUAUUGUAUCUUUUUUUACAAUGGUGGAAGCAACUUUCUAAAAGUUCAGUCUUAUGCUACAUCCUAAGUCAUAGACAAUGACCUCGUUUUCAUUCUGAUAGAUUGUAUACAUAUGUACACAUACAUACACACACAUGCACAGUCAGGGUCAUGAUGUUGAUUUGCUUUCAGCUGUUUCUAUGACUAUAAAGCAUUUUUUAAGAUACAAAUAUUUUAACUUUUAAUUUUUAUUUUGGCAAAACUGUCAAAUGAGAAAAAUGAUCUUAAAAACUUUUUUUUCGAUUGACAAGACUUUAAGUCAGGGAUAACAGUAUUAAUGUUCUCUGUUCUGUUUCCAUGUUAAAUUUAAUUUAACCUGGAUAGCCACAUUAAUGAAUUGGUGCUGUCAAAAUAUAGUAAUUUUUAAAUUUGUUAAUAAUGAAAACUCUUAAAUAUGCAGGAUGAGGUAUUUGGGUUUUUUCUUUAGAUCGAUCACAUCUACAGGAAAUGGCUAAACCAAGUUAACUUUUAUUAUAGACAGUGAAUAAAACACCAAAAACCCAAAAAUGCUUUAACUACAGUAUAAAUAAUAAAGAGAUUAUACACAUCAUUUUAAUAACUGUUUUUAAGUUAUUUAGCAUAGCCUCCGGAUAGACCUUAGGAACAGUGUUUCAGUGAUCUGGCACCAAUUUAUUUUGUUCUGCGGAAAUUCUGUAUCACAAAUGUGCUACCUGGUUUCUGUCCAUUAGAUAAUUACUCUUUAUAAGAAAAGGAAAGUGAUCUAAGAGAAGCAGAGUUAGUUCCAGCUCUAAUGGGGAUCUUCAAAGUUAUUUUGUCUUGAUGUACGUUAACAGUAAUUCUUCACAUCUUUUGAUUUUUCUCUUCCUUUUUAUUCACUCUUCCCAUGAAUUUAAAUGUUUAAGUUAUAUUCAUCACUAGCAAGGAUGAUAAACACUUGUGCACUGAAAGCUAACAGGGAGAGGUUACACAAUAUUUUACAGUUUCUUAAACAUAAUUUAAUGCAUCACCUUCCACUUGCUAAUAUACCAAGUCAGUUAUUUUCAAGGGGAAUAACCUUUUAAAUUAUGGUCCUCCAGUUACUACUUCCAUUGAGAUUACGCUCUCAUUCCUCAGGUGUUUUGAGAAACAUGACUAAUAACCACACAAUUAAGUAGAGUCAUUCCAAGUCCUAUGGCCUGGAAAUUGUAUUCCCUAUAAUAUACAAACUUUCCUGUAAUAAAGUCAACUUAGAAACUCCAAGGAGGUUACAUGUUUUCCAGCAUAUCCUAAAACUGUGAUAUAAGCUAACAUAUAAUUUGCCUUAUGUCAAAAAGAGUAUGUUUUGUUGCAGCUGAUUCCAGUUUAUAAUAGAUCCCUAGUAAAAAGCUUUGAUUCAACACAAUUGUUCAUCUUCACAUCCCAAACAGAAUCAGCGUUUCUUGAAUAUAUAUUUUUGAAGUUUUUUUUGUGCAAUAUAUUACUAAAUCAGUUAUUAUUUUACUUUUCAAAUUCAGAGAAAGAAAACAGAUUACCUGAAUUCAUGGAAAAGGUAGAUCACCUCCCUUUUUCCACCUUCAAGCCUUUCCUGUCCUCAUAGCCAGCAUGACUUCUUUUAACUUGGAUUCCUUUGUAUAUAGUAAAGUUUAGUAUAUAUAUUUUUUUCUUUUGCUACUUUCUGAGGCAUUAUGUAAAGGGCUCAUAUUAGAUGUUCGGUUAAAUAUACUUUAGCACAAAGUCAAACUAGAGAAUGUGUUAAGGAGGGAGUGUAUGUGUUUUCGUAGACCAGGAGGCCUUUCCCAGCAAUUUAAGCAACAGAUGUGAAUGCUUCACAAAGCUGUAAAGACCAUUGUCUUAAAUGCUACAACAACUUAACACCCUUUUGUGAAGAUCAUAGCAUUUAUCUAAGAAACUUUGAGGCUUUCUGGUUUACAUAUAUCUUACAGGUGUUUUUUUUUUUAUUUUUUUUUUAGUUUGAAAUGUGUAAGCUUUGAUUUAAACCAGGUUUACUUCAGUAUGUUAAUGAUGUAGUAAAAAUAUUUAUUGAAAGGCGAAUUUGAGUAUUUUAAUGUUAUACCUGCCAUUUUUUUCUUAAAGCAUAUUCUUUGCAUCUAACUGCCAGUGCCAUAGUUAAAACUUAUUUUUUAAAUCGUUGUACAUUUCUUAUUAAACUAAGUGCUUAAAGUAUUAUGUUGCCAUCAUAUAGUGUAUGAAAAUGUAUAAUUGCCAAUUGAUUGUAACUAUUUAUUUUGAAAUGAAAGUGUAAGAAUGCUUUCUGAUUCAACAAAUUUGUUAUCAAACUGUUUCCUUAUCCUCUUCUGAUGUAGCAUAAAAAUUGUCCCGGUUUGAGUUAUAACUGCCAGUAGAUGACCAGUCACAAGUGAACCACUUCUCAGUUGCCAGUCUUUGCUCAUAUUAAAAACAACUUACAAAUACUUAGUUUUUGUAUCUAAUCUCUGAUUAUUAAAAUGUUUAUAAAGUUUAUUUUUACCAAAGAGAUGCAAUUCAUUAUGAGAAAGUAUUGCAUAAUAAAUUUUGUUUUAUAACAUU